AUGGCGCCGCAGGGGUACUGGGCGCACGGCCGAUACUACGGAAAUUGGCGAUUAGGAAAGUAUCUUAUCCCAAUCGAUGCAGAGGAACUGAACAGACUCGACAUAUUCCACAAAUUCUUCCUCGUGGCUAGGGGAAACGCUCUGACGAGCUGCAACCUCCUAAAGCUUAACCAUCCCGCCAGGGUGCUGGACCUUGGGACUGGGACUGGCAUCUGGGCGAUCAGCAUUUGCGAGGAAUCUGCACAUACUGCGACGGUUAUGGCGGUUGACCUCAACAGGAUUCAGCCUCAGUUUAUCCCUCGUGGCAUGGCUAUCCUGCAAUUCGACAUUGAAGAUCCUUCCUGGGGUGAUAUCAUAUCCCCGCCGUACGAUCUUGUUCACAUGAGAACCCUCCUAGGAAGCAUCCACAACGAAUGCUGGCCAACUAUCUACCGCAACAUAUUUCAGCGCUUGGCACCAGGAACAGGGUGCCUCGAACAGGUUGAGAUCGACUGGAACCCGCAGUGGGAGGAACAUGGCGAGGUGCCACCAAACUCUGCGCUUAGGGAAUGGGCCAAUCGACUGCUUGAAGCUUUGGACAGCUGUAAACGAAGCGCCAGGAUCCUUCCCCAGAGAAGCAGGAGAAUGAUUGAGGACGCUGGCUUUGUCGACUUUGACGAACAGACCAUCAGGUGCUAUGUGAACCCGUGGUCUCCCAACCAAAACGAGCGAGAAGCUGCGAAAUGGUUUAAUCUUGGUCUCGGCCAGGGCCUGGAAGCCAUGGGUGUUUUGCCUAUGGUCGAACACUUGGGCAUGACCGCGGAGCAAGUGAGAAGUCUCUGCGAACGGGUAAUCGAAGAGAAUUCAAAGCUGCGAUACCGCGGCUACUGCACGAUCGAGGAAGCCUGGCAACAGGACCUAGAGCAUCGCCUGACAGCCAGCACUCUCGCAGCCGCAUGCCCUACACCGCCAUAUCAGCCUGGCAACGCCAAGGCCUACUAA